CUGUUUUUACACCAUGGACCGACGAAAGAAGGUGGUGCAAGAGUUGAAAGGACUACCCAAGUGCGACCUGACGGGGUUCCCCCAACAUCUGGGCGAAGACCGUUGGUGGAACCAAGUGGUGGUGCGGUUGCACGCCCCAAGAAAAAAUGGUUGUCACCACUGCCACCGCCUCAUGGAUCACCGACUCUCGGUGAGUAAAAAAAAAAAAAUGUGUGUUGAAUCUUCUUCUUCUCAUGACCUUGACAUUGAGAAUUUUUUUCUGGUUUCAGAUUGGCAUGAUGGUGGAGAUGGCGCGGCAACCCCCCAAUCUCGACCGCCUGAUGAAUGAAGGGAUUGCGUUUGUGAUUGACACGUUCAAACAUCGGAUCCCCCAGUGUCCCAUUGGACAACGUCCCGUCAUGAUUGGUCGGAGAAAGGCUGCCUACGAUACGGUGGAUAAAGUCAUGAAGAGACUAGACUUGAUUAUGAAU